UUGGCUUAGCCACUACUGCCUUAAACAAUUACACAUCACUUCCCUCUCUCUCUCUCUAACUCUGCAAUGUCGCAGCCUAGACAAACCGUCGCCGCCGGAAUCUUUUCCCGUCAGCCACCGCCUCUCUGUUCUUUCCUCUUCAUCAUAGUCCUCAUCGUAGCCACUUUCUACACUCUCCACCACCCAUACUCCACUCCUCACCUCUUCUCUCCAAACUCCCCCAACACUCUCCGCCGCCUCUUCCUCUCCUCCGCCUCCAACGCCACCGUCUCCUCUUACCUCCGCUCCUUAACCCGCCACCCCCACCUCGCCGGAACAAAACCCUCUUCGGACACACUCAACUACGUCCUAACCCACUUCCAAAGCCUCAAACUUGACACCCGCAUCUCCCAAUACGAAGCCCUCCUCUCUUACCCCACGCACACCUCCGUCACUGCGCGUUUUAGCAACAACACGACAAUAGAACUCAACUUAAACGACGUCGUUUCCUCUUCCUCCGAUGUUGUCACGCCUUACCACGCUUACUCCCCGUCUGGUUCAGCGUAUGGUAACGUCAUAUUCGUGAACCACGGCGAGGAGAGAGACUAUCACGCCCUUGAAUCGCUCGGAGUUAGCGUUGGAGGUUGUUUGGUUUUGGUUAGAAAGGGAGAGAGUUUGGGGAGAGGAGUGGUUGUGAAGAUAGCAGAGACUAAAGGCGCUCUUGGUGUCCUUAUAUAUGACGAGAAAGACGGUGGUGGGCUUGGUGGGAUUGAGAGAGGGACUGUGAUGAGAGGUAUAGGUGACCCGGUUAGUCCGGGUUGGCCCGGAGUUGUCGGAGGAGAGAAGUUGAGUGUGGAUGAUGAACGUGUCUCAAAAAGGUUCCCAAAGAUUCCUUCUCUGCCUCUCUCUAGACACAAUGCUGAGAUCAUUUUGGCUUCUUUGGGAGGGGUUAGGGCUCCGGGGGAGUGGGGAACGGGUCGGGUUGGGUCAAGUCAACGGGUUGGACCGGGGAGGACUGUUGUCAACAUGACGUUACAGGGGGAGAUGAAGAUGAAGAAGAUUCACAAUGUUGUGGUUACAAUAAGAGGUAGUGAGGAACCGGACCGGUAUGUGUGUCUUGGGAAUCACAGAGACGCGUGGACGUAUGGAGCUGUUGAUCCAAACAGUGGAACUUCUGCUUUACUUGACAUUGGUAGACGGUUUGCUCUGUUGCUUGAAUCUGGUUGGAGACCUCGUAGGAGCAUUCUUCUUUGUAGUUGGGAUGCUGAAGAGUUCGGAAUGAUUGGAUCAACUGAGUGGGUUGAAGAACAUGUUCUGAACUUAGGUGCAAGUGCUGUGGCUUAUCUUAAUGUUGAUUGUGCUGUCCAAGGCUCUGGGUUUUUUGCUGGUGCAACUCCUCAACUAGACAAUGUUCUUUUAGAUGCCUUGAAGCUGGUUCAAGAUCCUGAUGAUGUAGAAUUGACAGUGGAAGAGACAUUCAAGUCUCAGAACAACAUUAUACAGAGGCUAAGUAGAGUAGAUUCUGAUUUCUCCGGGUUUCUUCAUCAUGGUGGGAUACCUUCUAUAGAUAUGUAUUAUGGAGCAGAUUAUCCUGUCUAUCACACUGCUUUUGACUCCUUUGAUUGGAUGAUCCGCAAUGCAGAUCCAUUGUUUCAUCGUCAUGUUGCAAUGGCGGGGAUUUGGGGGAUUUUAGCUAUCAUCUUGGCUGAUGAGCCAGUCUUACCGUUUGACUACAACUCUUAUGCAGAACAAUUGCAGGAACAUAGAGAUACGUUGAGCAAGCUCUUAGAAGGGAAAGUCUCUGUUGAUCCCUUAAGCGUGGCGAUACAAGAGUUGUCUUUAGUUGCUAAAGAAGUGACAGAUGAAGCAAAGAAGCUUAAAGAAGAAGCAUACAGAAAAAAUGAUGUUGCAACAGCAGCCAAGAGAAGAGAGCUAAAUGACAGGAUGAUGCUUGCAGAAAGAGGGUUCUUGGAUUCAGAAGGGAUCAAAGGGAAAGAAUGGUUCAAGCAUCUUGUGUAUGGACCUGCAGCAGAGCCAGAGAGCAAGCUAGGUUUUUUCCCGGGAAUAGCAGAUGCAAUUGCAACGAAUUCAUCAGAGGGAUCAAUCAAGCAUGAGAUAUGGAGAGUCACAAGAGCUAUUCAGAGAGCAAGCAAAGCUCUUAAAGGAGGGUUUUCAUGAGUAAAACUUGACUUUCUCUUUUGUAUAUAUUUAUAUUGUGACGGUAGAUUGUAGAAGCAUAAUCGUCAUGGAAUCUUGGUAUUCAACAACUUUAAUUGUCAUGCUGUUGUUGUUCAACACUUAUCUUUAUGAAAGACAACAUCACUGACACACACUUGUUAUUGUAGAACACUUUUGAAUCAAUGUCUCAGAUGCCC